GAACUUUCGCCGGCGUUGGUGGGCGCCAUUCUGUUCGAGAACCAGGUGAAAUGCUUGUACGACGACGCGCAUAGACCAGAUAUUAGAAUUAACAGCCGAAGCAAAGUAAAUCAAUGUCUGGUGGCGCCGGUUGAUGACGAUGAGGGGAAGAUGUGGGGAAGAGGGAAGACUGCCGGCGAUAUUCCCAAGUCAGUGGCCGGGCGGGCACGGGACCGGUCCUUUGUUUUAGUGGCCGGAGGCUUCUAUACAAUGCAAGCUGGAGAGGCAUUUAUAACUUCACUUUACAACCAUCCUCACCUCGAUUUCCCCCCACGAGUCUCUCUUUAUGCUUUAUAGCAAGAUGCAUACGCCUCACAGCACCAUGAGCUCAGUCGAAGUGGACGUACUAGUAUGCGGAGCAGGAAUGUCCGGGCUAGCCUGCGCUGCCUUCGCCGCCUCCGCCGGUGCUCGAGUGCUGGUGGUCGAGAAGCAGGCCACCGUCGGGGGAUCCUCCAACUACUCCGCCGGCAUGUUCUGGGGACCACGCAGCUACGAGAGCCUGCGCGCCUGGGUUCCCGAAGGCGAUCCUGCUUUACAAAAAGCAUGGCUCGCGGACUAUCUUCGCGCAGUGCAGUGGAUGCGUGUGAACGGGGUUCCGACGUCGCAACGGUUCGACGGAAUCAUGACGAUCGGCAUCGGGUUCCCGAUCAACAUCCCGCAUCUCCACCGAUACCACCAACAGCGCAUCCGCGACAGCCACACUCAGUCCAGGAUCCUGACCAACACCUCCGUGGUGCAGCUCCUGCAAGAGCACCCCGGCGUGGCGGGGUCCCGCCUUGUCGGAGCGAUCAUUCGCACAAGUGGCCCGCGGGACGAGGAUACACAACACUGCAAAGUAACAGCGAAGAUGGUUGUUUUGGCGACGGGUGGAUUCCAGGGCUCUGCACAACUGACGUCUACGCAUCUGGGUCCCGAGGGAGACAACAUCUUCGUGCGAUCAAACAAAGGGUCCGUGGGCGAUGGACUUGUCCUGGCGUCAGCGGCAGGUGCAGGCACAAGCCCGGGAAUGGGCACCUACUACGGCCAUCUCCUGGCUGCGCCGUUGCGGGCUGAGGAUGUGGACCCGAAGGAGUUCCUGGCGCUGGCGCAGUAUCAGAGCAAGUACUGUCUCCUUAUCAACCAGGGCGGACGCAGAUUUGUCGACGAAAGCAUCGGGGACGAGAUUGUCAAUCAAUACCUUGCCAAGCAAGAGGGGAGACGGGGGUUCCUCCUCUUCAACGAGCAAACACGACUCCAGCACUGUGUCUCCGCCCUGUUCCCGAACGCAGGAGACAUCGAUCGCCUGCAGAAGGCCCGUGAUCACGGGUGCAAUGUCACCAGUGCUACAUCCGUCGCGGACUUGGUCUCGAAACUAGAAGAAUGGGGCGUGGACGGUAUUCAAGCUAGACGGACACUCGAGAAUUACGACAGUCGCAUCCGACUGGGAAAGCGGGAGGUAUCGCUGGAUGCACCCACCGGCACGGCGGGCGCGGCUCCCCGCCCGCUGACUGACGGCGAGGGUCCUUUCUAUGCGAUGGAGGUGCAGCCUUCGAUUACAUUCACAUAUGGGGGCGUCCAGAUCGACACGCGGGGCCGUGCUCUCAGCGCGGAUAGAACAGCGAUCCCCGGCUUGUUGAUCGCUGGUGUCGAUGCGGGAGGUUUCAGUAACCGCGGGUAUGCGGGGGGGCUGGCCCUGGCGUUUGUGACGGGCUUCUGGGCGGCGCGAGAGGUCGCGCGGACCCUGGGGCUGCCGGGGCCUGAAUUGCCUGCAACAGCAGCGGAGGAUGCACCUGAUGAGCGGGCCUGGCAGAAGUCCAGUCGGUUGUGAUUGUGUCGCUUGAAUUGAUAAUGAGCUGUAUGUUGCACAUAUAUUAGGU